CAUUGGUAACUGUCCAUUCUCCCAGAGGCUCUUUAUGAUCCUGUGGCUCAAAGGAGUCAUCUUCAACGUCACCACUGUUGACCUGAAACGGAAGCCAGCUGACCUGCAGGACCUCGCUCCAGGAACCAACCCUCCUUUUGUGACCUUCAAUGGCGAGGUCAAGGUAGACGUCAACAUGAUAGAGGAAUUCCUGGAGGAGAAACUGAACCCACCACGCUACCCCAGACUGGCUCCCAUACAUCCCGAAGCCAACACAGCAGGCAUCGAUGUGUUUGCCAAGUUCUCAGCUUACAUCAAAAACCCACGAAAAGACACCAACGACGCCUUAGAGAAAGCCUUGCUGAAGUCUCUUCGGCGUCUCGAUGACUUCCUGAGGACUCCCCUGCCUGAGGAGAUUGAUGCUUAUGCCUCCGGCGACCUGCCAGAGUCCUCCCGGAGCUUCCUAGAUGGGGCUGAGCUCACUCUGGCUGACUGCAACCUCCUGCCUAAACUACAUAUCCUUAAGGUCGUAGCCAAGAAAUACCGUGGCUUUGAGAUCCCGGCAGAGAUGACAGGGUUGUGGAAGUAUUUAAACUGCGCCUAUCAGAGGAAGGAGUUCACCAGCACAUGCCCCGCUGAGAGGGAGAUCGAAUAUGCCUAUCUGGAUGUUGCAAAACGAAUCAAAUAAGAGCAAGAGUGGGAAAAGAAGGAAAGAAUGGGGUGAAUAAAUGAGAUAAAAAAAGAGAGGAGUGAAAAAGCACUAGGUCUUUCAACAAAUAGUUAAAAGAGAAAACUUGAAAAGAGUCAAGAAGUUAGAAAUAAGGAAAAGUAGUACAGACAGAAAUAAAGCUGUUCGGUGUUUGGAUGAAGCCUAAUUAAUCUACAUGAAGAUGAAGAAAGAGGAGGACUAUGAAAAGAUGAAAAAGUAGAACAAAAACACAACAGUGGAAGGAAAAGAGGGGAGAUGACUAAAUGAGGAAUGAGAACCCAAAGGUACACACCCAAGCCACCCUAACACUAAAA